CCAGGAAGAGGGCUGCCGAGCGAGUUCACUCCCAAGUAAAUGUUUGACUGGAUGUUUGCCUCUUCUCAGAGUCUGGCUCUACAGAUCACACCGGGGAGAAUAUGAGCUCAUGGGAAGCCGGCAUUACCAAGAUCCUGAGGAACGGAGAAGCCCCAGGACAGCAGCAUUCACCGCGCCCCACCCACAGUAGUCCUUCUUCAGCAAGAUGCUUGCUGCAAGCACAAGGACCAUGCAGCUAAAUGUCACCUGUGACAACUCAUUCGACCGGGAGGACUUUCUGCAUUACUCCCUCAUCCCAUCAAUCUUCAUCAUUUUGGCCUUGUCUUUCCUUCAAAGACGAGAGCAUCGUAGACAAAGGGACGGCACCUCCUACCUCCUGGGGAACCACUUUGGAAUCAUCGUGCCUCUGGACUUCUUGGGGACUUUUAGUAACCGAUGGUCCUAUGGAGCUGCUUUUGGGGCCACAGCCAAUAAGGUCAUGUUCUUGUUCUCCGAAGGCUACCAGCCCCUGAAAGUUCCACAGUGGGCCCAAGCCUUUGUGCUUCUCAUCGGGGGCAUGGAGGUCGGCCUCUCCUACUUCCCCUUCUUUGCCUGCCUGUCCUCAGAGUUCCAGCUGGUCAGCUCCAUCCUGGGCUUCGCCUACUCCCUGACCUGGUUUGUGGUCACUGUUCUUCAGAUCUCACAGUGUCCCCAUGGGCAGUUUCUGGGGAGGUUCGAGACCCUCAUUUUCUACUGGCCCUCGCUCUUGUGCCUGGGUUUCCUGCUGGGUCGUUUCCUGCACAUGUUCCUUAAGGCUCUGCCUGUCCACCUGGGCCUGGAGCCACAGACAGAAGCAAAGUCGAUGCUGGAGGCCCACCAGGCGGAGCACGUGAAGCAGCUCUUGAGGAAGCCCCGCCCACAAGAAGGCGGAAAGUCUUGGUUUCAAACCAGGGUGUAUGAGUGGGACCCCUGCUUCCAGUUCCCCAGCAGGAUGAUCGGGACCCUCGUGCUGGCCUUCAUCUGCCUCUACCUUUUCAUCGUCAUUGAGUUUUGUGUGUUUCUAUACGUGAGAGACAAGGUGGACAUGUUUGAAGACAAGCUGGAGAGCUACCUCACCCACAUGAACGAGACGGAGGCCUUGACCCCAGUCAUCCUACAGGUGAAAGAACUGAUCAGCGUCACUAAAGGUGUCUGGGUGGUGACCAUUUUGCCUGCCGCCCUCACGUGUGUCACCUAUCUCUUCCACAUUUUGGCCUGUUACAGAAAGCAUAUGAAGAGGCUAUGGGCUGGAGACAAACACUUCCUCCCUCAGAAGUUCCACAGUCCCUCUUCAGCAGCGAGUGUGGUGGCCAUUGCAAGGUACUCUGGCUGGCAAAUAGCCUACAUCCUCUGGGGAUACCUCAUCAUCCAUGUGGUACAGAGCCUCUGUGGGGUGAUGCUCAUGUACAGCCUGGUGUUGCCCAUCGUCCACCACCAAGGCCUGGAGAUGCUGCAAGGAUUUGGCCUUGGGGUCCUCACCCUAUCCGUAGUCGUGGGCCUUAUAAGCCUACAAGUGUGGAUUGCUGCCACGUUCUUCCUGCAGCCCAAGCUGGGCACAGGCGACAAGCAGAAGCCCCUGGCUCUCAACAACAGGAGAGCCUUCCACAACUUCAACUACUUCUUGUUUUUCUACAAUGUGCUGCUGGGUCUGGGUGCCUGCCUCUCCAGGCUGCUCAUCAGCUGCCUCCUGGGCACAUGGCUGAUUGCACGCAUCGACAGGACCAUCAUGCAGAGUGGCUAUGAGGAUGCAGACAUGGGCUUCGGUGCAUGGGUUGGCAUGCUCUUCGUGGACCAUUACCACACCAACCCUGUGUUGGUCAGCUUUUGCCACAUUCUGAUCACAAGCCACAAGGAUGGGAAGCUGAAGAAGACUGUGAAAUACUGGUACCUGAACCAGACAGCAGGUCCCCGAUUCUCAGCCAGAGCCAGAACGAGGUGGUUUCUGCUGCAGACACUGAUCAACAAUCCCAGGCUCAUCACGCUUAGAAAAUCAGAAUCAGGUCACAGUUCGGGAGAGUUCACACAGAUUCUGCUGACCUGCUCAGACUGCUGAUGAGGUCACCAACUUCUGCUUCAAGGCCAGGCCAUCCCCUCUCACCGGGGCCUUAACGAGCAGCCAUCCCCUACAGGACAGGAUGACUUGGGCACUCUUCAUGCACAUGACAGACAGCACUGACCGCUUGUGGGAUGGCCAUAUAGACCAAUGGUUUAAGCCUUGAACAACCUCAAUCCCUUGAGGGGAAAAACAAGAAAAACAAUAUAAAAAGGAAAAACAACAUAAAAAGCAAUGUCUGUUGAGCAAAUUUUGCCCAUCAGUGACCUCUACUAUUUGUGGGAAGGCCGCCAUGGGUCACCUGUUAAGAAGCACACAAUCGAUGCUGGAUAAGUGAGACAGCUCUGGCUGAGUGCACUAGAUUUCACUUGCAGACGACUCAAGUUUGGUUCCCAGCAUCCACACUGGACAGCACAAGUGUCUGUAACUCCAACUCUAAGGGAUCUGAUCCAUUUCUGGCCUCUUCAGGCAGCUGCACAAAUGUGGCAGACACAUAUACACAUAAGUAAAAAUAAUAAAAUAAUGAAUCUUUAAAACAA